AUGGUGGCCGACGACGAUGACACCGCCACCAUCACCGCCGCCUCCUCUCCUCCUCCUCCUCCUCGCCGGCCCGCUCAGCUUUCUGUUCGCUCCGCCGGCCCCGUUAUCCGCUUCCUCACCCUUUCCGCCGGCAUCUCAGGACUACUCUUUGGCUUCGACACGGGUGUCAUCAGCUCUACCUUGGUCUCCCUCGGCUCCGAUCUCUCCAAUCGUCCCUUGACGACGUCCGACAAGAGCAUCGUGACCGCCAUUACUUCGUUAUUCGCCUUGCUCUCCGCUCCCACUACUGGCUUCUUCGCCGAUCGGUAUGGCAGGAAAUCCGUCAUUGUGGUCCCGGCCAUGCUGUUCGCUCUAGGAGCCGUUAUCCAGGCCGGGGCUAAUUAUGUCUGGAUUAUGGCUGCUGGCCGAGCCUUGGUCGGCGCUGCUGUCGGCGUGGCAAGUGGUGCUGUGCCGCUGUACAUCACCGAGCUCGCUCCUGCUGAGCUUCGAGGUCGACUGGUCACCAUCCAGUCCCUAUUCAUCACCGGUGGACAGGUCGUGGCCUACUUGAUCGGCUGGGCCUUCGCAGCACUGCCUCAUGGAUGGAGGUAUAUGGUGGGUGUGGGAGCAGUGCCCGCUCUGUUGCAACUCGCUCUCUUGUUGUGGAUGCCAGAGACCCCGAGAUGGCUGCUCCAGACGGGGCAACAGGAACGGGCACGUGCUGUCCUGCAAGCCGUGUACGCGACCCUGGCAUCGAGUGAACGAGACUCCAUGGUCGACUAUGUCCUCGCGGGUAUUCACGCAGAGAUACUGGAAGAAGACAAGACUCUGCAAGGCGUGAGUACAAGCAGCGAUGGCACUUCUGGCUUCCGAAAUGCUUCCAAAGAGCUCUUUGCUACUCCUGCAAAUCGCAGAGCCUUGACUAUCGCCUGCAUGCUCCAAGGUUUGCAACAACUGUGUGGCUUUAACUCGUUGAUGUAUUUUUCCGCUACUAUCUUCAGCCUGGUCGGCUUCACAUCACCCAUAGGCACCUCCCUGUCCAUCGCACUGACCAACUUUGUCUUCACUCUCGUCGCCUUCGCCCUUAUCGAUAGCGUGGGUCGACGCAAGAUGCUCCUGCGGACCAUUCCCUUCAUGGUCCUGGGUCUGCUGGCGUGUAGCGUCGCAUUCAUGUUCAUUCCACCCAGCCAAUCACACCUGACCUCUAACCCAGAUGGUAUGCGUAAUGCCAGUGGAACUUGGUCAAUCGUUCUCCUGCUCAGUCUGAUUCUGUACGUGGCCGCGUACGCCUCGGGCCUUGGAACGGUGCCUUGGCAGCAAUCCGAAUUAUUCCCGCUGCGUGUACGAUCCCUCGGCUCUGGCCUUGCCACCACUACGAAUUGGAGCAGCAACUUUGUGAUUGGCAUGACAUUUCUGCCCAUGAUGAACAUUUUGGGGGCGAGUACGACGUUCACGCUGUAUGCUAUCAUUUCUGUGCUGGGAUGGGCGACCAUCUGGACCAUCUAUCCCGAGACGGCGGGCUUGGAGCUCGAAGGCAUUGGUGAAAUCUUGCGAGAUGGCUGGGGUGUCACUGAAAGUAUACACGGCUUUCGAGAGCGGCAACGGGAAGCCUGGGAGCGUGAACAUGGAGGUUGAACGGUGCGAGGCUCCCGUUUACACACUCACACAUACAUCUCCAAUGUCAUGAAUCAAGGACAUGUCGCACAUGAUCAUCUCGUGCGCACCAACGUGGAAUGGGGACAAUCAAGUGUCAUGCAAGAUGCUUGCGGUCACAUCUAAAUGUGAAUAAAUACAUCGGCAUGGCGAUUCUCGAACCAAACAGAUACAUUUCCCUCCUUCCAAACUCCGCGCUCAUUGGAAAAAGCAAAGCAGUCCGCAGUCUGCCGUGGUCGUCUUGACAAGAUCUAUUCGUCAUCUCGGGAUAACGGACGAAGCGCACUCACGUGGUGGCUGGAUUCUGUCCAGUAUCAGGCGCAGCAUUCUCGGUGCUCGUACCCUUUUCCACCUUGGCUUUCUUCACUUCGCCCACACCAUCGCUCGCUCCAUCCCCACCGUACGUGUUGGUGACAUCCGACAUGGCAGGUCUCUUCGUUGCUGCACCGGGUGGCUUAUAGCCAUUACUGUUCCGAAAGCCUCCACCUGCUAGUGGCAUGCCAAUCUUUCGACUCGUAUCGGCGGCGGGAUUAAUGUAAUUGGUCGCAGUCGGCCGUGAUGCACCACCCACGAUGUUGCCUGCGCCCACGCUAACGGGCUUGAAGCCUCCCGCGCCACCUGCCGUCGCCUGCGCCGCUGGCUGCUGACCUGUCAAAGGCUGUCCUGCUGCAAGUUGUUCGCGUCUGAUGGGAGCUGACACGCGAGGAUUGACACCCUGCGUUCGUCGUAUGGAUGGACUCUCGGCGUGUGGAUUGAACGCUGGAUUUGCAUCGGGCUUCGCGAGUGCGCGCCCGGACAUGAAACCUACAGCAGCCCCUGGUGGGGGCAUACUGGGCUCGUCGACCUGUGCUUGGACAUUGGCGGGAUGAUGUGGCCGUUGCUGGGCGUGCGCUGUUGGCGACUCCAGAGUACUUCCCGAUGAGGAAUUCGACCGGACGCCAUCUGGAUUCUGUUGAGCGUUCUUAUUCGUCGUCUGCUGCGGUUGGGGCUGCGGUUGCGGCUGUGGUUGCGGUUGCGCCUGUGCUCGUUGUUGGUUCCCUGGCGUUUGCGGCGGUACCAUUCGCUGCGCUGAUUGUGCUGCAUUCUGUGGCUGUCGCUGUACGGCUUGCGGCUUUGGCGGAGCCUGCAUUCUCGUGACUGGAGCUGGUGGCUGAAUGUUCGGCGGUGGUAUCGUGGGCAUGGAGUGCGUUCUGGACAUGGCCUGUCGCUGCCCAUUCUGUUGCGGACCUAUGGCUCGUUGCACAUGCGCGGGCGGACCAUUGCUGAUUUCGGAGUCGUCCAGCCUCACUUCAUCGGGAUGGCUGAAAUCAGUCUCAUCAAACUCGGCAGUCUCCCCAAAAUCAUCGUCAAACUCUCCCGAGCCAGCAGAAUGUGCGGACUGCAAGCUCGUGUUCCUGCGAGAGCCAUUAUCCCUCCCUGGCGUUGGCGCCGCCUGUAUUGUCGGUUCCUUCUUCACGACUGCGUAGUCUGGGUGUCGAUGUAGAUUGUCGGUGGUCCAUUUCGAGGGUGCAACCUUGACUUUGGUGAUUUUCUGCAGGUAUUCCUUGUCGUAUAAGCAGUUGCCGAGCACGUUGCCAAAGUUCCGCAGUGCUCGCUUCAUAGCGUCGGUCGCAGCUUCCUUUUUCGCCUUCUCGAAUGCAGCAGCUUUGCCUUUGGUAUUCUCGCAAUGUCCGUAGCCAAUGUCUUCGUGGAAUGUGCCAUCCUUUACUGUCACUCGCACAAUGGUGGACAAGCCCAAGUUGAUCCGCCCCGUCUCCCUGUUCUCGUCCACAAAGUCGAUUUGGACGUUCUGAAUGGACGAGCUCCAGCCAUUGAAGCCAAAGACCUCAUUGGCAAGAUUGAUGACCUUUUCUGCCGCCAAGUAGUGCACCUUUCCGCCCCCAGCACCUGGUCGCGUAGAGAUGUAUUCAGGGCCCAGUUGUUUUUCGAGUCGGCUCUGCAGAGUGGCAAUCUCCUGGGCAGUGUAUUCGGAAAUGCGCGGUUCGGAUUUGACGAAGGGGUUGACGGUGUUGG